GCCCUCCCACUGACAUUAUGUUUCUCCUGCCAAUCCAAAGACAAUUCUGCCGUGACGUAAUCAAACAGCGCCUGGGAAGGAAGAGACAGUCAGAAUGUUCCGAGUGGUCAGUCAGGCUGGGCGGGUUUUGCUGAGGGGCUCCCAGCUACAGCCCCUCACUCUCUGUAAUACACAGGCCCAGCGAUAUGUCUCCUCCGGCCUCCCCAUCAACACUGUCAUUCUCUUUGUGCCUCAGCAGGAGGCCUGGGUAGUGGAACGGAUGGGACGUUUCCAUCGGAUAUUGGAGCCUGGCCUGAACGUGCUCAUCCCAGUCCUGGAUCGAAUCCGAUAUGUUCAGAGUCUGAAAGAAAUCGUCAUCAAUGUUCCUGAGCAGUCGGCAGUUUCACUCGAUAAUGUCACCCUGCAGAUUGAUGGAGUUCUCUACCUCCGGAUCCUGGACCCGUACAAGGCAAGUUACGGGGUGGAAGACCCAGAAUACGCCGUCACCCAGUUGGCACAAACCACCAUGCGCUCGGAGUUGGGCAAGUUGACUCUGGACAAGGUCUUCAGGGAGAGAGAAUCGCUCAACACCAACAUUGUGGACGCAAUAAACCAGGCGUCGGACUACUGGGGCAUCAAGUGCUUGAGAUACGAGAUCAAGGACAUUCACGUGCCCCCCAUAGUGAAGGAAGCCAUGCAGAUGCAGGUGGAGGCUGAGAGGAGGAAGAGGGCGAUGGUGCUGGAGUCUGAAGGGACCAGAGAGUCGGCAAUAAAUGUGGCAGAGGGACAGAAACAAUCCCAAAUUCUGGCCUCUGAGGCUGAGCGAGUGGAGCGAAUAAAUAAAGCUGCAGGGGAAGCCAAUGCCAUUCUGGCUAAAGCAAAGGCUCGUGGAGAAGCCAUAAAGAUGUUGGCACAGGCACUGACACAGCAGAAUGGCAAUGCGGCCGCGUCCCUCACUGUGGCUGAACAAUACGUGUCGGCCUUCUCUAAUCUCGCUAAGGAAUCCAACACCAUUCUACUUCCAUCCAACACUGGAGACAUAACUAGUAUGGUGGCCCAGGCAAUGGGAAUAUAUGGAAAACUGACCCAGCAGUAACGGCAGAGCAGCCUGACAGAGUGACGGCACAAUGGGCAGUGAGAGCCGAAUUAGCCGUGCGAUUGUACCACACGACCACCAGCCUGGACUCUUACCUCUCUCUAAAAAUGUCUGACUCGCUGAUUAUUUUUAUAUUGAGAUUUCAGUUAUGUAAUAUAUUAUCAGUGGGA